AAAUCAAACAACCCGGAAAGCGGUGACAAUAAACUGUAAUGGCUGACUGCAGCAGCUGGUCAAACAAAACAUACUCUGGCUUCUAGUAGUUUCUUAACCUGUGAUUUAAUUGACCUAUUGGUUACGAGGAGGACAAACAGGUAGAUGUAGUGGUAGUGAAAAAGAAAAAGCAAGCUAAGCCGUUGUGAACGUGUUGGAUAACAAGGUUAAAGUCCAUCUCAUUUCCUCAGACAUUCACAAUGGCUCAGAGCUUUUUAAUGGAGGUGUGUGUGGACUCCGUGGAGUCUGCUGUCAAUGCUGAACGGGGAGGUGCAGGUCGGCUUGAGUUGUGUUCAAGUCUCCUGGAGGGGGGGCUGACUCCCAGUCUAGGUCUCCUUCAGGUCAUCAAGCAGUACAUCAAAAUCCCUGUCUAUGUGAUGGUACGGCCUCGUGGUGGAGACUUCCUCUACUCAGACCAGGAAGUGGAGGUGAUGAGGAAGGACAUAGAGCUAAUGAAGAGCCAUGGAGCUGAUGGACUCGUGCUGGGAGCUCUUACCGAGGACGGACGGGUGGACUCAGAGCUCUGCAUGGAGUUAAUGGCGGCUGCUCGUCCUUUGCCCGUCACCUUCCACCGAGCUUUUGACAUGGUUCACGACCCGGCGGUUGCUCUGGAGGCCCUUAUAUCGUUGGGCUUCCAGCGCGUGUUGACCAGUGGCUGCGACAGCUCUGCUUUGGAGGGGCUUCCCCUUAUUAAGCGACUCACCGAUCAAGCGAAGGGGAGAAUUAUCGUCAUGCCAGGAGGGGGGGUCACAGAAAGGAACCUGCAGAGAAUACUGGAGGGCUCAGGGGCUCAGGAGUUUCACUGCUCUGCUCGCUCCAGCAGGGACUCUGCAAUGAAGUUCAGGAACACAUGCGUGAUGAUGGGAGCUGCCUUCUCAGCACCUGAGUACGGCCUGAAGGUGGCAGACAUCAGCAAAGUCCGGACUCUAAACGCAAUUGCCAAAAACACCCUGUGACUGACAGAUUGGGAGUCGUGACAGGCAACAUAGGAAUACCUCAAAAGUUAUCACAACUAUUUACACAGAUGUGUGGUGUUUUUAUUUUCAUUUGCCACAGUGUUUUCUAUCGUAAUUCAUGAAAAAUUCUUAAUCAAACAUUUGGUUGUUGGAGCUCAGGGAGAACACUGUAGCCUUUUUGGAACUACAGUCCAUGAAAGUAUCUUACUUAGCUGUGAAUGAUUCACAAGUAUGAUUGUGCAUCAAUGACAACAAUCAGAUAAGACACACAGCAAAGAACCAACAGACAGUAAUGUUUGAGAAAGCACAAAAAUUAAUAGUGUUGGUCUGUGUCUGGGUUUGGGAUUCUAUGAUUUGUGGAUUUAUGAAGGAAUGCCAGUGUGAAGAUCUGUAAUUGUGUCAAACAAAUCUGUAAUUGUGCAUUUGUUCUAAUAAAUGGAAAAGAAAUGUGCAAAUACACACAUCUGUAAUACAAAUCUGGUGAGAAAUGGUAUUUCUAAGUUCUCACAUGCAGAUUUCACUCGCAGUGUGAAUAUGUUGUAAGCAGCUAUCUAAAAAUCCUCUAUGAAAAGGUAAUAAUUGCUUAAUAAAU